AUGGCGUUCUUCCGGGGCCUCGCCGCGGUCUCGAGGCUGCGAUCCCGUAUGGGGCAGGAUGCCACCACGCUUGGUGGUGUGAGAUGGCUGCAGAUGCAGAGCGCUUCCGAUCUCGAUCUUAGGUCCCAGCUGCAGGAAAUGAUUCCGGAGCAACAGAGAAUGCCAGAAGCUUGGCGCCACUUCAUCCAUCCGGCUUUGAUUCGAUGGUUCACAUCUUCAUCAAUACCCCCAUCCUCCUGCAACAUUGACCCCAAAUACCGAAAGGUGUCCUUCAGAGUUCUACUAAGCCUAAACCCUUUCGAUUCCAAGGACCGCUUGAAGAAACUAAAGUCAGAGCAUGGAAAGGUCCAGCUUGGAAACAUAACUGUGGACAUGGUCCUUGGUGGGAUGAGAGGGAUGACUGGAAUGCUCUGGGAAACAUCUUUACUUGACCCGGAGGAGGGUAUUCGAUUUAGAGGUCUCUCUAUUCCAGAGUGCCAGAAAGUACUGCCGGCUGCAGUUAAAGAUGGAGAACCUUUACCUGAGGGUCUCCUUUGGCUUCUUUUGACCGGAAAGGUGCCAACCAAGGAGCAAGUUGAUGCUCUAUCAAAGGAGUUGCUUAGCCGUUCGAUUGUUCCAGGUUAUGUCUAUAAGGCGAUAGAUGCUCUCCCUGUUACUGCUCAUCCAAUGACACAGUUUACCACAGGAGUGAUGGCACUCCAAGUUGAGAGUGAAUUUCAAAAGGCUUACGACAAGGGAAUGCCCAAAACAAAGUUCUGGGAGCCUACAUACGAAGAUUGCUUAAAUUUGAUUGCUCGGCUUCCACAAGUGGCUUCAUAUGUUUACCGGAGGAUUUUCAAGGAUGGGAAAGCUAUUGCAGCUGAUAAUACACUGGACUACGCAGCGAAUUUUUCACACAUGCUUGGUUUUGAUGACCCAAAAAUGCUGGAGUUGAUGCGCCUAUACAUAACAAUUCACACUGAUCAUGAAGGCGGGAAUGUCAGUGCUCAUACAGGGCAUCUGGUUGGAAGUGCUCUGUCAGAUCCCUACCUUUCUUUUGCAGCGGCACUAAACGGUUUGGCUGGGCCACUGCACGGCCUGGCUAAUCAGGAAGUGUUGCUAUGGAUCAAAUCUGUAAUGGAAGAAACCGGGAGUAACAUUACAACCGACCAGCUUAAGGAAUAUGUAUGGAAGACACUGAAGAGUGGAAAGGUUGUUCCUGGCUAUGGUCAUGGAGUUCUUCGUAAUACAGAUCCACGAUACUCGUGCCAAAGGGAGUUUGCGUUGAAAUAUUUACCAGAGGACCCACUUUUCCAACUGGUCUCCAAGUUGUAUGAAGUUGUACCUCCGAUCCUCACCGAGUUAGGCAAGGUGAAAAACCCAUGGCCCAAUGUCGAUGCUCACAGUGGAGUGUUGCUCAACCACUUCGGAUUAACUGAAGCACGGUAUUACACUGUCUUGUUCGGUGUCUCAAGGAGCAUAGGAAUUGGAUCUCAGCUCAUCUGGGACCGUGCCCUUGGCCUACCGCUUGAAAGACCGAAGAGUGUCACCAUGGAGUGGCUGGAAAACCACUGCAAGAAGGUUGCGGCUUGA